AUGGAAAGAGAUUAUGCUGCAAAAUGAAAGGCACAGCUAUUGCCCAUCGUCUGCCCGGUGCUCGGUGAAAAUGUUUUUCUUCAUAAAACAGAAGCGCGUAUUGCUGAGUACAAAGAAAUAAACUCCGUGCAGUGUAAACUGCUGGCUUCAUGUUUGUUAUUCUUGUAUACAACAUUCCGUGCAGGUUUGUGGUAAAACGUCAAACGAAAAGGAAAGCAAAAGAGUAGAAGCAGAUUAAGCCACUAGUUUCGGGUUGCAUUUUUGUGAUUAUCCAUCGGUAUAAUUGGUUCCUAUAUCAUAUCAAGGGUGUGAUUCAGUUCUUCCUUCGCGGCGAAAGUAGCAGAACAUACAUUACCACUUGCAGGGAACAACGAUGAGCCGCAAUGGAAGGCGUCGUAGUCGCAGUAGAAGUCCUCGGGGACGGGGUGGAAUGGUGGGAAAUCGGUAUGAAAUCGGUAAACUGCAGACGCUCAGACCGGUGCAGUGGUCUCAGCUAAAGUUGGAAACGAUCGUACGUGAACCGUAUCGUUCUAAAGCAUCCUACCGGCGUUCCGAGCGUGAGAUUUCCGAGUGGCGUCGAUCGAAGGAAAUAACGACGAAAGGUCAUGAUAUCCCCGAUCCCAUAUUUACCUUCGAAGAGUCUGGUUUUCCGGCAGAAAUUAUUGACGAGUUGCGGUAUGCUGGGUUUACCUCGCCAACGCCAAUACAAGCCCAGGGUUGGCCGAUUGCAUUGUCUGGACGAGACAUGGUCGGUAUUGCGAAGACGGGAUCGGGUAAAACGCUAUCCUACCUGAUACCCGCCUUGAUACACAUCGAUCAACAGCCGCGACUCCGGCGAGGUGACGGACCAAUUGCGCUAAUUCUCGCACCAACGCGCGAACUGGCACAGCAAAUCAAACAAGUGGCUGAUGACUUUGGACGUGCGCUAAAGUACAAGAACACCUGCCUAUUUGGAGGUGGGAAGAAGCGAAAGCAGCAGGAUGAUUUGGAGUACGGAGUGGAAAUUGUAAUUGCUACACCGGGUCGGUUAAUCGACUUUCUGUCAAGUAAUCAGACGAAUCUGCGACGCUGCUCAUACUUGGUGUUGGAUGAAGCCGAUCGCAUGCUGGACAUGGGAUUUGAACCGCAGAUACGCACUAUUAUCGAGCAGAUCCGCCCUGACCGCCAGACACUGAUGUGGUCUGCAACGUGGCCAGAUAUAGUCGCCCGGCUUGUGAAGGAUUAUCUGAAGGAUUACGCACAGAUAAACGUCGGAUCCUUGAAGCUGGCAGCGAAUCAUAACAUCCUGCAAAUCAUCGAUGUGUGCCAGGAGUAUGAGAAAGAAUCGAAAUUAAGCAUUCUAUUGCGCGAAAUUAUGGCGGAAAAGGAAUGCAAAACGAUUAUCUUUAUCGAGACAAAGAAGCGCGUGGAUGAUAUAACGCGAAAGGUGAAGCGCGAUGGUUGGCCGGCUCGGUGUAUUCAUGGAGACAAAUCACAAACCGAACGUGAUGCAACAUUGAACUCAUUCCGUUCCGGCAGGACGCCGAUAUUGAUUGCCACUGAUGUGGCAGCUCGUGGUCUUGAUGUGGAUGAUGUUAAGUUUGUCAUAAACUUUGAUUUUCCCACCACAUCGGAAGAUUAUAUACAUCGUAUUGGGCGCACGGGACGGUGCAAUAACACUGGUACAGCGUACACGUUCUUUACUCCCAACAAUGCGUCUAAAGCGCGCGAUCUGAUAGAUGUUUUGAAGGAAGCAAAACAGGUGAUCAAUCCAAAGCUGGUCGAAUUGGCGAACAUGAAGAUCAAAUCUAGAGGUAAUCGACACAUGACGUCACGUUAUCCACGGGAACGACGAUCUCGUACCCGUUCCAAAUCGAAAUCACGUUCUCCCAUACGCAAUCGCAGACCUGCAGUGCCGGAUAGGCGUCGUUCACACACGCGUUCCCGAUCGCGGUCACGAACGCCUAUCCGGCGCACUUCGUUGGUUCGACGGGAUAUUCGUCCCAGAGGGUCACCCGGACGACGCAGCAUAUCGCGCAGCCCGCGACGUAGCGGAAGCGUUAACCGCCGUCGAUUGAUUCCGGUAACGCGUAAAGCUUCCCGUUCACCACCUCCAAGCCGCAGCCCAGUGAUAGGCCGCAGAGCCAACGGGCGCGAACUUAAAAAUGGACGCUCGUUGAGUCGUGAACGAGACCGGGAUCGCGAUCGAGAAAGGGAUAGAGACCGGGAACGCGAUCGCGAUCGCAUUCGGGAACGGGAGCGAGACCGUCGCCGGCGCAGUCGAAGUCGCAGCAGAAGUCGCAACGGCAAUGGUAGAGCAUCGUCAUACGACCGCUAUUAGAAGCACAACGAGCAAUGAUCAUCAUCGAACAACAAAUUGAACAACAAUUGGCAAUCAUUUUGCUUUGAAAGCUAGUGGUACAAAAGAAACAAAAAAAACAACAAAACGAGUUAAUGGGGCAAGAUAUUGAAUUUUCAUCCAUUAUCGAACUAAACUCCCCUUAGGGGUGUUGCAAAUGGUUUUCCUCAAGCCGACUGACAAUCGUCGGAACAUAAUCAAUCACUCAUCAGUGAGCAGAAGUAUUAUGGAUCGUCCAUAUUGUAAAUCCCAUUAAGGUUAGGUUCUUCGCCUAACGUAACACAACAUAUGCCCAAAUGGUGUUCUCAUUUUUUAUGGCAUAUUUUGACACAGAAGGGUUAAAAAACGCUCUUUGGGUACAAAUUUAGUUGCCAAAAUGCAUUUUUGUUUGCCUUUGUUAGCAUAUGUUAGGCGUUAGGCGGGCAUACACCAAUGGACAAAGAACAUUGAACAAUCGGAAUAAUUCCUAACCGAGAUAGAAAUUCUCACAAAACGAGGAAUAAAAUGUUUGACAAACAAUCCUCGCCUUUAGAAGUAAAGUAUGAUUUAACAUUAUAGAAGAGAAAGCGAUAAAAGAAAGGAAGGAAAGCACAUUACAAAUUACAACAAUGCCCGGUGGCGGAGCAACAUCCUCCGAAAUAUACUCUUCUUUUUAAAACGGCAGAUGUUGAGAGAUAGAAAUGCAUUUUGUAGUUACGUUUUAGUUUUACACCACAAAAUCGUUGAAAGUUGGGAAGAUGGUAGGUAGGUGCAGGUUAUAGGCGAAGUUUUUAAGUUAUGUACUAGUGAACUUUAUGCAAUAGGAAAUUCAUAAAGAACUUGAAACAGACGUUGUUUUAAUUGCAGUGAGAUACAUAGUAAGUGGAAUAUAGUAAGAUGGUAGGAAACAUGGAAACAUCGUAAUCAAGGGCCAUACGCAGCCGUUGCAGCGAUGCAAACGGUUGGUCAAAUAGUACAUAGUCGAUAGUGUACUGCGUAACAACACGUCCGGUCUGGGCUACAGUCUUGGGAGAUUGUAUCUCUCAUAAGAAUCCCUGAUUAUUCGGCUCUACGUAACUCAAAGUUACAGAUAGCCAGCCAUGAGGCAACGCAGGCCAAGCGACCUAAUACGUUUGUUGAGCCAAAUAAGGCGGAGAAAAGAUAUAAAAAAGAUAUAACCAGGUAUUUGUAACUAUACCCCAUUCCUAUGCUUACUUAUGUAUAUUAUAUGAAAAGAACUCUAUGUAAAACAUGCUGUAUUGCUAUUACUUAUUUCUUCAAAAAUUAGAAAACCCGCUAGAAUUUGCUAAUUUGCCGAAAUCUAGCCAAAAUACGUAAAUUGGUCGAUAAUGCUAGGAAUCUGGGGUCGGUAAAUUGUUCACAAAAAAGGCUAGAUAGUAAACAAAUCUGGAACUGACGGCAAGGCAUUAAAUUUUUCUCGGGUCGAAUAAAUUUGGCCCGCAGGUCUGACUUUACCAUCUUCUGUUUUAGGGGAAACAAUAAUGUAUGAGCCAAGCAUUAGUUACUUACGUACAGCAUUUGUUUUAGUUGCCUUCAUAGAAAUCGAAAAUGGCUUACUUUCAUCACUUAAUCAGAGCUAAUUUAGUAUGGCUCAUCUAUUAUCAAAUUGAUGCAAACGCGCACUGAGGACAGAAGCAGAUUGCAUUUUUGACUAAUGUGGUGUGUGUACAAUUUUGUCUAACAAAAGUUUUGAUAUGAAUAAAAGUGUACGUAUAUGUAAACGCAA